AUGGCCGCGAGCGGCGACCCUGGCGCCGGGCCGUCGGGAACGGCGGACGAGGCGGCGAGGGACGUGCUGUUCGGGGGCCGACACGCUGCCGGCACCACCGACCUCCGGAAGGACGAGUGCUGGUACGUUGCGACACAGCGGAAGGGCUUUGCGGCUCAUAUAAUCUACCAUGUGGCCGGGAAAAAGAUCCAAGUUUACGGACCCGUCCGAAAGACCGUGUCGGAGGCGGCCGAGGACGCCGACAAGCUGCGGUACAAGCUGCGCCACAAGCUGCUCGUUCACGCCGGCAUCGCCCUUGACGCAAGGUACAAUUUCGACAUGACCGCGGCGCUGGCGGCGAUGCUCGACGGUCCGAGCCUGGAACAGGUCAAGGAGAUGCUGCACAAGGAUGCGGCACAGGCACGCGGGCGGAAGGCGAGUUCGUCGCGCUUCAAGGGCGUGUCGUGGGACAAGGCGAACGGGAAAUGGAAAGUACGAUUUACGGUUCCCGCAGCCGAGGGAAAGAAGGCGCGCGAGCUCAACGUCUGCUCUCUCGACAGCGAGAUCGAAGCCGCCGAGGCGUACGACCUCGUUGCGAUGAAGAUACACGGCAGGAAGGCGGACGUCAACUUCGCAUAUGAUUCUACGGGCGACGGCGUCGCGGACAUCGUGCCGGAAAUGACGCUGCAGGGAAAAUUCAAUGCCACGGCCCCGCGAGCGCUCUUGGAAGGUGGGGCGCCGGACGAGGCUGACGCGACGACGACGCUCCGGCGCGUCGAUCUCGGCAAGCUGCAGUCCGAGGACCUGGAACUCGCGACGGGCAGGGUGAUCACCAACGCCUUCCUGGAGGAGUACGCUGCCGGAGGCGCACCUGCCACGGAGCGCAAGGCGCGCGGGACGAGGAAGCCGCGCAGGCGUGCACAGGGGAGCGAGACCGCGAGCUCCGACGAUGAGGGCUCGGAUGGCGCAAGCGACUACGAGCCCGUGCAGCGUGGCGGCAGGCGCGCCGCUGGCGCGACCUCCAGGGCCGACAGCGGGUGGGCAGAGGCGGUGGACGCGUGCAGGUGGUGCGGCAAGGAUCACUUCAGCGAGGAGGAGGGUAUCCACCCGGACACGAUGCUCUGCUGCGAGCUGUGCCACGAGGGCCAGGCGCACGUGUCCUGCCACGAGUCGGCCACGGGGAAGAAGAUCGACAGCCUGGACGACGACUGGUUCUGCACCGAGGGCUGCACCAUCAUCGCGCACUACGUCGAGAACAUGUGCGACAUCCAGCAGGCCGUGACCGCCGACGACGGCUCCGAGCUGAACGACGUGUUCUUCGAGAUGCUUUCGGCCGACAGCACCCAGGCUUCGAACAAAUCCGCGGCUGCGCUCCUCCUGGACGCCUUCCAGCCCAUUGACGUGAACGGGUACAACCUCGUCGAGCUCGUCGCGACGUCGAUGCCCGGGAUUCCUUGGGACGACAUCCCGCUCGACUUCUCGGAGUUCCGCUUGUUCGUCCUGCGCCGCGGCGGCGUCAUCGUGUGCGUCGCGGCGGUCCGGUUCUUCAGCAACGCGUUCGCGGAGAUGCCGUUCAUCGCCACGAGGGAGGCUCACCGCGGGAAGGGCAACGCGCGGCUGCUCGUGUCGCAGAUCGAGGCGCUGAUGAUCGAGCUCUACGUGCAGAAGCUCGUCGUUCUCGCCACGCCUGAGGUGUACGACAUGUGGACCAAGCGGUUCGGGUUCGCGAGGCUGACUGGCAAGGAGCGUCGUGGCCUCAAGGGGCGCGUCGUAGAGCCAGAUGAGUCCCGGGACGGGGUCCCGGUGGCCUUGCUGAAGAGGUCCGUGCUCGACGGGCCAACCAGGCUGCCGAGGGGGUCCGGCGAGCCCGAUCCCGCGGACGGGCUCGCGGCCCGUCUGCCGUCCCUGCACGGGCGCCUCCCGGGGAACAGCGCGGCCGCGGUGGAGCAGGUGCCGCAUGAGGCGACCGGGCCGGGGAGUAUGGACAUGUCGCCGUGA